CAGGAAGAAGAUCAAGAAGGUAGUGCUGGUGCAAACUCAGACUCGGAUGCGGAGUUUGAACAAAUGUUGGCGGAGGCCGAGGAGACCAAACCGGCCGCCGGCGCCGCUGAGGAGGGCGGAGCUCCAAUUAAAGAGGAGGAUCCUAAUCUACCACCACAACCCAAAAAGAAAGCUAAGACGAAAAUCGGUAACAAGAGCAAGAAGAAGAAGAAACUCAAAACAACAAAUAAGUUCCCCGAUGGCACUGAAGGGGAGCAAGAGCACCAAGACUAUUGUGAGGUGUGCCAACAAGGCGGCGAGAUCAUACUCUGCGACACGUGCCCGCGCGCCUACCACCUGGUGUGCCUCGAGCCCGAGCUGGAGGAGACGCCCGAGGGCCGCUGGUCGUGUCCACACUGCGAGGCCGAGGGGAACCAGGAUCAGGACGAUGAUGAUGAGCAUCAGGAGUUCUGCAGAAUUUGCAAAGACGGAGGCGAGUUAUUAUGCUGCGACUCAUGUCCGUCUGCGUAUCAUCGUUUCUGUCUAAAUCCGCCGUUGGAAGAAGUGCCAGAUGGGGAGUGGAAAUGUCCUAGAUGUAGUUGUCCACCGCUAGAUGGAAAAGUGGCGAAGAUUCUCACAUGGCGAUGGAAAGAAUCCAGCGGCAAGUCAAAAUGCCCCAGAACCAGAGAAUUCUUUGUGAAAUGGCAUGAACGGUCUUAUUGGCAUUGUAGCUGGAUUUCCGAGUUGCAGCUGGACGUGUUCCACCCGCUGAUGUACCGCUACUACAUGCGCAAGUCGGACCCGGAGGAGCCGCCCAAGCUGGAGGAGGCGCUGGAGGAGCGCGAGGGCCGCAAGCGGUACAGCAAGCACGCGCACCACGACCCCGACGAGAAGAUGCUCGAGGAGAAGUAUUACAAGUAUGGUGUGAAACCGGAAUGGCUGAUCGUUCACCGCGUUAUAAAUCAUCGUACUUCUCGAGAUGGGACCACAUACUUUUUGGUAAAGUGGCGCGAUCUUUCCUACGACCAAGCUACAUGGGAAUCUGAACAUGAAGAUAUAGCUGGAUUGAAAAACGCCAUAGACUACUAUCAGGACAUGCGCGCCUUUAUAACGUCAGAAGGCAAGACAAAAGGAAGCAAAGGCAAGAAAGCCGGACGCAAGAGUAAGAACAAGGACAAUACCGACGAUGACGAGAAUAGCAGUGGCAUUCAAGGGAAGGGUUACAAGAAAUAUAACCCUCCCCCUGACAGGCCAACUACUAACUUGAAUAAGAAGUAUGAAGACCAGCCACCAUUUGUCUAUGAGACGGGAAUGCAGCUGCAUCCAUACCAGUUGGAAGGUUUGAACUGGUUGCGGUAUUCCUGGGGCCAAGGAAUCGAUACUAUCCUGGCCGAUGAGAUGGGUCUCGGAAAAACUAUACAGACAGUUACGUUUUUGUACUCCUUAUUUAAGGAAGGUCAUUGCAAGGGGCCGUUCUUAGUUUCUGUACCGCUAUCCACUAUCAUAAAUUGGGAGAGAGAGUUUGAGUUGUGGGCGCCCGACUUGUAUUGUAUUACAUAUGUGGGUGAUAAAGAUUCUCGAGCAGUUAUACGAGAGAAUGAGCUUACCUUCGACGAUGGUGCCAACAGAGGCGGCCGACCCUCAAAGAUAAAGUCACAAGUCAAAUUCAAUGUUUUGCUAACUUCUUAUGAAUUGAUCUCAAUUGAUUCCACUUGCCUUGGUUCAAUCGAAUGGGCCGUUCUUGUUGUAGAUGAAGCUCACAGGUUAAAGAGUAAUCAGUCCAAAUUCUUCAGGCUUUUGGCUGGUUAUCACAUUAAUUAUAAGUUACUGUUGACUGGUACUCCAUUGCAAAAUAACUUGGAGGAACUUUUCCAUCUUCUCAACUUCUUGAACAAAGAUAAAUUUAAUGACUUAGCUGCAUUCCAAAACGAGUUUGCCGAUGUGUCAAAGGAGGAACAAGUAAAGAGGCUUCACGAAAUGCUCGGACCUCACAUGUUGCGUCGUCUCAAAGCUGACGUACUCAAGAACAUGCCUGCAAAAUCUGAGUUUAUUGUGCGCGUGGAAUUAUCUCCAAUGCAAAAGAAAUACUAUAAGUACAUUUUGACGAGGAAUUAUGAGGCCUUGAAUCCAAAGAGCGGAGGUCAGACGGUGUCUCUUCUUAACGUGAUGAUGGACUUGAAAAAAUGCUGUAACCAUCCCUAUUUGUUCCCUGUCGCUGCAGAAGAAGCUCCAUUGGGUCCACACGGUAAUUAUGACACCCAAGCGUUAGUUAAGGCUUCAGGAAAACUUGUUCUCAUGUCCAAGAUGUUAAAACAACUGAAAGAACAAGGCCAUAGAGUUCUAAUUUUCUCACAGAUGACAAAAAUGUUAGAUAUUUUGGAAGAUUUUUUGGAAGGCGAAGGAUAUAAAUACGAAAGGAUUGACGGUGGUAUAACGGGAACAAUACGUCAAGAAGCCAUCGAUAGGUUCAAUGCGCCAGGAGCUCAGCAAUUUGUCUUUCUGCUGUCGACCAGAGCCGGUGGUUUAGGUAUUAACUUGGCCACCGCUGAUACUGUAAUUAUUUACGAUUCAGAUUGGAAUCCUCACAACGACAUUCAGGCGUUCUCUCGAGCUCAUCGUAUUGGUCAAGCUAAUAAAGUCAUGAUCUAUCGAUUUGUGACACGUAACAGUGUAGAAGAAAGAGUAACGCAAGUUGCUAAAAGAAAGAUGAUGUUGACUCACUUGGUUGUACGUCCCGGUAUGGGUGGAAAAGGCGCUAACUUUACAAAACAAGAGCUGGAUGAUAUUUUGAGGUUUGGUACCGAAGAAUUGUUCAAAGAGGAGGAAGGUAAAGAAGAAGCUAUUCAUUAUGACGACAAAGCUGUAGCUGAGCUGCUCGAUAGAUCGAAAGAAGGUAUUGAACAGAAAGAAUCCUGGGCUAAUGAAUAUCUUAGUUCUUUCAAAGUGGCCAGUUAUUCAACAAAGGAAGGAGAUGGGGAAGAGGAAGUUGAUACUGAGAUUAUUAAACAAGAAGCUGAAAACACUGACCCCGCUUACUGGAUCAAACUGCUCAGACAUCAUUAUGAACAACACCAAGAAGACCAAGCUAGAACACUUGGAAAAGGUAAACGAGUUCGUAAGCAGGUUAAUUAUAAUGACGGUAGUGUUGCGCAAACUGAAAACAGGGAAGACUCGACAUGGCAAGAAAAUGGAUCUGAUUAUAACUCUGACUUCUCACAGGGAAGUGAAGAUGACAAAGAAGACGACGACUUCGAUGAAAAGAACGAUAAUGGUGACCUACUCAGCCGCAGAAGCAAGAGACGACUUGAAAGACGAGAGGAAAGAGAUAGGCCACUGCCACCGUUACUUGCCAGAGUUGGAGGCAACAUGGAAGUCCUCGGAUUUAACGCCAGACAAAGAAAAUCAUUCCUUAACGCGAUCAUGCGAUAUGGUAUGCCGCCUCAAGACGCCUUUAAUUCGCAAUGGUUAGUUAGAGAUUUAAGAGGAAAAUCAGAGCGAAAUUUCAAAGCCUAUGUGUCGCUAUUCAUGCGGCAUCUCUGUGAACCGGGUGCGGAUAAUGCGGAGACAUUCGCAGACGGUGUACCCAGAGAGGGUCUAUCUCGACAACAUGUGCUAACGAGAAUUGGAGUUAUGAGUCUGAUUAGAAAGAAAGUUCAGGAGUUUGAGCAUAUUAAUGGCUAUUAUAGCAUGCCAGAAUUGAUUCGAAAGCCUGUAGAACCUGUAAAGAUUGCGGGAGCAGAAAGUGCUGCUCCAAGCCCGGCGCCA